AUGUCGACGACGUCAAGGGACAACCUGGUGCUGGGGCGGGUGGUCGGCGACGUGGUGGACCCGUUCUCGCCGACGGUGGCGCUCCGGGUCUCCUACAACGGCCGGCGCCUCAUCAACGGCUCCGACCUCCGGCCGUCGGCGGUGGCAGCAAGGCCUCGCGUCGAGAUCGGGGGCACCGGUUUCAGGAAGUCCUACACGCUUGUAAAGUUGGUGACAGAUAUUCCUGGGACAACUGAAAUUGAAUAUGGUCGCGAGGUGAUUUGCUACGAGAGUCUCCGGCCGCCGGCGGGGAUCCACCGCGUGGUGUUCGUGCUCUUCCAGCAGAUGGCGCGCGGCUCCGUCGACCAGCCGCCGCUUCUCCGCCACAACUUCUGCACCCGCAACUUCGCCGUCGACCACGGCCUAGGCGCCCCCGUCGCCGCCGCCUUCUUUACCUGCCAGCCCGAGGGUGGCACCGGCGGCCGCCACCACGACUUCCGGCAGCCAAGGACACCGCCGGGCGCCGGCGUCCUAAACUAG